AACAAGAAACCACCCUCUUGCAAGCCCACUCGUGGAACUCCACUCCUUCCAUUGACACCAUGGUCAGCUCCUGCUGUGGCUCCGUCUGCUCUGACCAGAGCUAUGGCCAAAGUCUCUGCCAGGAGACUUGCUGCCAGCCCAGCUGCUGCCAGACCACCUGCUGCAGGACCACCUGCCCUCGCCCCACCUGCUGCAUCUCUAGCUGCUGCCGCCCCUCCUGCUGUGUUUCCAGCUGUGGUUCCAGCUGCUGCAGGCCUACCUGCUGCAUCUCCAGCUGCUGCAGGCCCCAGUGCUGCCAGCCUGUCUGCUGCCAGCCCACCUGCCCUCGUCCCACCUGCUGCAUCUCUAGCUGCUGCCGCCCCUCCUGCUGUGGGUCCAGCUGCUGCAGGCCCCAGUGCUGCCAGCCUGUCUGCUGCCAGCCCACCUGCCCUCGUCCUACCUGCUGCAUCUCUAGCUGCUGCCGCCCCUACUGCUGUGGGUCCAGCUAUGGUUCCAGCUGCUGCCGCCCCUCCUGCUGCAUCUCCAGCUGCUGCAGGCCCCGCUGUUGCCAGUCUGUGUGCUGCCAGCCCACCUGCUCCCGCAUCUCCAGCUGCUGCCGCCCGAGCUGCUGCCUGCGCCCAGUGUGUGGCCGGGUCUCCUGUCACACCACUUGCUAUCGGCCCACCUGUGUCAUCUCCACCUGCCCCCGCCCCGUGUGCUGUCCCUCCUCUUGCUGCUGAGCCUGCCGCCCUGUGACCACUGUCUCUGUUUACCUCUGUCCCCACUAAUGCAGACCCUUCUUUUGUGCUGAUCAUGAGGACACCUGGGCUGGGGCUGAUGUUGCUGAACUGAUUUGGGUCUCAUGAUUUUAAUGAGCCCACCACAGGUCCACUAUCUCUGUGAGCACAUUCUGGCAUCAGUCUAAAUUCUACUUGUCUGGACCUCUCCCCUUCAUCCAAGUGUGAAUUUGCUUGUAUCAGUAACAUACCAACUCUUGUGUUGAUCAAUUCUCUUCAAAUUCUCCUUCUUAACUUUGGCCUUCAAGUCAUCAAGCAGCUAAAGUUCAAUUACAAUAUUUCUGCAUUAUGAAUAUUUAUAGUUGCUCUCUUAAUGGCUCCAGUGAAAAUUCUCCUUUAUCAUUUUUAUUCCCCAAAUUUUCCUAAGUUGUAACUCUAUGACAAAAAUAAACUAUCACUUUCCUAUAUG